AUGGCGCAGUUGGAAGUUAGUCACGAGGCCGCUCAGGCUAGAAAAACCGAUAUUACAAUACAAAGCCAAGAGGUAUCGGUCGAAAUCGACGCCCAACAACUACUGCGAUUGCAGGCGUGGAAUACACCGCCGCCACAAUCAGUGGAAUGUUGCAUCCAUGACCUGAUUCAAACUCGCUGCGAUACACAGCCAGAGGCCCCUGCGGUUUGCGCCUGGAAUGGUCAAUUGAGAUACGCCGAAUUGGAUGUGCUGGCUUCCUCCUUGGCAUCUGCGCUGGUUGCACGUGGAGUAGGCCCGGAGAAAUUUGUUCCUGUAUACCUUGAGAAAUCGCUUUGGACCCCAAUAGCUAUGCUCGCCGUUCUCAAAGCGGGUGGCGCUUUUGUACUUCUCGACCCCUCCCAUCCGACUCAGCGGAUAGACGAGAUCUUCCGCACCGUCAAGGCGACUAUAAUGAUCGCAUCGAAACAAACUGAGGGGCGAGUAGCUAGGCUCGCGACAGAAGCGAUCAUUAUCGACGAUGAGAAGACCGACUGGACACAAAACGGCAAGGGAAUCCACACAGCUGUAAAGCCAGGAAACGCCGCCUACACGGUUUUCACUUCGGGGACAUCUGGGAAACCGAAAGGUGUGGUGAUCGAGCAUCGUUCGUUUGCUACCACCGCCGUCGCCCACAGUCGCGCGAUGAAUAUGCAUGACCAAUCGCGGGUGAUUCAGUUUGCAUCCUAUGCAUUUGAUGCAUGUUUACUCGAGAUCUUGACUGUUUUGAUAGUCGGUGGAUGUAUAUGUGUGCCUUCCGAGGACGAGCGUCAGCACGAUCUGGCCGCUGCAUCACGUCGCAUGCAAGUCAACUGGAUGUUUCUCACGCCGUCAUUAGCGCGCGUUCUCGAAGUCGAAGAGUUUCCUACUCUGCAAACCCUGGUUGUUGGAGGGGAGGCGCUGCAGAAGGAAGAUAUGAGAAAAUGGGCACCGCAUGUUCAGUUCUUCGAGGCGUAUGGUCCAACGGAGUGUGCAGUGAUCUGCAUGGCAAGACAGUGUCUGGUUGACGAUCCAGACCCGGUAAACAUUGGAUUCGGAGCAGGAGUCACAUGCUGGAUUGUUGACCCGGAUAAUCACAACCAGUUGGCUCCAAUUGGCAGUGUUGGCGAGCUGCUUCUCGAUGGCGCUCCUAUAGGUCGUGGAUACAUCAAUGAUGCUGAGCGAACUGCUUCUGUGUUUAUCGACCCCCCAACCUGGCAUCGUCAGCUCAGGCCCAAUGCUUCGGGGAGGCUAUACAAGACCGGAGAUUUGGCGUGUUAUGCUACGGAAGAUGGGUCAAUCCGAUACAUAGGACGCAAAGACAGUCAGGUCAAGCUGCGUGGGCAACGCCUGGAGCUAGGAGAGAUUGAAUUCCAUAUUCGACGCCUAUUUCCAACCAUCGCCAACGUCGUGGUCGAGAUGGUCACUCCUGCCGAUAUGGCGGACUCGCCCAUACUGGUCGCUUUCAUUCUUCAAGAAACGUCAUCACACAUCGAGGCUGAUAAAGUGAUCAUGAAUCCCAACGACGUCUUCCGAGAACAAUCGCAGACUACUUGCAGUCAACUUCAGAAAUUAGUUCCAAAAUAUAUGAUGCCGACAGUCUUUCUACCGCUACAAUCGAUGCCAUUGCUGACAAGUGGUAAAAGUGACCGCCGCCAGCUUCGCAACCUGGCUGCGGCGCUGACACGACAGCAACUCCAGGCUUAUACAGAUGUCACUUCGUCUGGAAACAAGCGACAACCAUCUACCGCCACAACACGGGCCAUUCAGCACCUUUGGUCUCAGGUAUUACGACUGCCUCGCGAUGAAGUCGGACUGGACGAUACCUUUUUUGGUAUCGGAGGAAGCUCUGUGACUGCAAUGAAGCUGCUCGGUAUUGCACGGCGGCAAGGAUUGAAGUUCGACCUGGGGACUCUUUACAGUCAAACCUUGGAAGAGAUUGGUGGAGGGAGGGAAGAUCAACACCUCGAUGCCCCGGAGACAAACACCAUUGGUCAUUUCUCUCUCCUACCAGAAGGAAAAAGUGGAGAGAUUAUUGACUGCGUGAUGGAGCAGUGUAAACUACAGGACCAGGAUCAGAUUGAGGAUGUGUAUCCUUGCACGCCGCUCCAAGAAGGCCUCAUGUCGCUAACAGCCAAGCGUCCGGGUGCAUACAUUGUCGUCUUCAAGUACGACCUACCAGUUGCUGUGAAAAUCUAUCGGUUCAAAAAAGCCUGGAAUUCAGUUGUCCAAGCGAAUCCUAUUUUGCGUACACGGAUCGUGCAGACAACCAGUGGUGCAAUGUACCAAGCAGUCCUUCGAGAAGCAGUUCCCUGGGAGGCGCCGACGAAUACUUAUGAUAGACAUUGGAAUGCUGGACAGCGUCUUGUCAGACUAUUACUUAGUUCAGGCCCGUCGAACCAUUUCACAUUGGUGGUUCAUCACGCUUUGAGUGAUGGAUGGGCAGUUCCCUUGGUUCUGAAGCAAGUUGAAGCAGCUUAUCACGGCCAGAUUCUUCAGCACCGGCCCUUCAAUGGAUUCAUCAGUUACAUCCUUCGCAACGCUGAUGCCCAAGAGCGGUUUUGGAAAGAGCAAUUUGUCAACCUGCAAGCUGCUGUCUUUCCCCGGCUACCACAUCUGGGAUACAUCCCCAAUCCAACAGUCAAAAGAACUUGUGUGAUCCCAGUGGAGCAAGAUGCAGCCCACAGUAUCUUCACGGCUCCAACCAAGCUCAAGUUGGCCUGGGCUAUUCUUGUGUCUCUUUACACAGAUAGUCCAGACAUAGUCUUCGGUAUCACCGUGACUGGCCGAGGUGCUCCAGUACUGGAUAUCGAGGAAAUGACUGGUCCAACCAUCGCCACAAUUCCUAUCCAGUUGCACAUUGACCCUGAGCAUACAAUUGCGGAGAGCCUUCUUCAGGUACAGAAUCACUCUAUUUAUACGGUCCCAUUCGAACAGGCUGGCCUGCAAAAUAUAAGCCGUCUAGGACCUGAUGCCGCAGCUGCAUGUCAGUUCCAAAGCUUGAUGGUUAUCCAACCGGAGCAGGAGCCCUUGCCGGACAUGUUUUCUGCUGUUCAGGACCUUUCUAAGUUGGACGCAUUCAGCUCGUAUGCUAUCACUUUGAUCUGCAAGCAAUCACCCGACAGCAUUCAAAUUGAGGCAACAUUCGAUCCGGAGGUGGUGGAUGAGAUUCAAAUGACUCGAAUGUUGCAACAGCUACGCCAUAUUGUGCAGCAACUGACACCGUCAAAUGAAAGCCUUCAAAUCCAGAGCCUAAAUAACACCAGCACGGAUGAUAUGGCGCAGUUGAUGCAAUGGAAUAGAGAUAUUCCAGCAGCCAGCGAGAAAACUCUUCACGGUAUCGUCCUACACCAAAGAAUGAUUCAGCCCGAUGCUGACGCUGUUUGCGCGUGGGAUGGGGAGUUGUCUUACCUUGAACUUGACGAUUAUUCCGCUCGGUUGGCACAGUAUCUGCUCAGUUUUGGAAUCAUUGAAUCGGAGUCAAGAGUAGCUGUGUGUCUGGAAAAGUCUCGAUGGACGAUCGUAACACUGCUGGCUGUUCUUCGCGCUGGCGGCGUAUGCGUGCUCAUCGACCAUGGCCAUCCCCGUCGACGGAUAGAAGAUAUUAUCAGCAAAACAUCCCCGCCGUUGCUGGUGGCAUCCGCGACCUAUGAGGGCGUCGUUCAAGAUCUGGAAAGCAAAGUUAUUCUGAUCACAGAAACAUUAAUCCAUAGUCUACCACCGUUCUGCAUAAGGCUUCCAGAGGUCUCAAUUCACCAAGCCGCAAUCAUUCUUUUUACUUCUGGAAGUACGGGCACUCCCAAGGGUAUAGUCAUGGAACAUAUCAAUCUAAGCACGAGUAUUCUCGCACACAGCGGACCCAUGAACCUCAGCCGCACCUCUCGAUCACUGCAUUUCGCGUCCUACGCAUUCGACGUGAGUAUAUACGAGGUAUUAAACACGCUGGCUCAGGGAGGCUGCGUCUGUGUGCCUUCAGAAUCGGACAGGAUGAACAAUUUGGCCAACGUCAUCCGCCAACAGAGAAUCAACUGGGCUCUAUUGACCCCAUCAACUCUUAGUCUGUUCGGUCCCGCAGAUGUUCCCUCGCUGAAGACCCUAGUUCUUGCGGGUGAAGCCGUGACUCGCGACCCUGUAGACAAAUGGGCUGACAAAGUGACUCUCAUAAAUGCGUACGGACCAGCAGAAGCCACUUUCACCACCGUUGGACCUAUUCCACCCAAAGGCUGGCGGUCGGGAACGAUUGGUCAUAUGUAUGGCAGCGUGGGAUGGGUGACAGAUGCCCACAACCCAGGAAAACUAGCAGCCAUCGGUGCUGUUGGGGAGCUACUGGUCGAGGGUCCGAUCGUGACUAGGGGCUAUCUGGGCGAGCCGGGGAAGACAGCCGCGUCCUAUAUAGCGACGCCGUCAUGGCUGCGGGACUUUCGUACAAAAGGUGACGCAGGCCGGCUCUACAGGACGGGGGAUCUGGUGCAGUAUAACCCAGAUGGUACUAUCCGGUAUGUUGGACGCAGAGAUACGCAGGUGAAACUUCGUGGACAGCGCAUCGAGCUGGGGGAGGUCGAGUAUCAUGUUCGAAACUGUCUUGACCUGUCAGCGGAGGUAAUUGCCGAAAUCAUCGUUCCUCAGGAUAGCAGCUCGCCAAUUCUCGUCGCUUACACGUUCCGAAAAUGUGACGAUGGUGAUAAGAUUGACGAUCCAGAGGCCUCGGACGAGGAGAUAACUAUGCUCCUAUCACCUAGGCCGACCUUCAAAGCAGCUGUUCAACAAGUCGAAAGCAAACUCUCAGACCUCAUUCCAAGCUUCAUGGUACCUAGCAUGUUUUUGCCCCUUCGAGAAGUCCCUUUGACCCGGAGUGGAAAGGUGGAUCGCCGACGGUUGCGAGAGGUUACCAGGAGUCUAUCCAGCUCUCGCUUCCAACUGUACUCUGCACAGGCGAAGGGUUCAACCAAAAGACCCCCCUCCACAAAGACAGAGCAUUUAAUGCAGCAAAUAUGGGCCAAAAUUCUACACAAGGAAGCAAGGUCUAUCGGACUGGAUGAUAACUUCUUCCGAUUAGGAGGCGACUCCAUCAGCGCCAUGCAGGUUGUUGCGCAAUGCACUGACAGGGGUCUGAGAGUUACUGUUGCAACCAUUUUCCGGACCAAGACAAUAGCUAAGCUCAGCAAAACAUUAGAUGGAGCCCUUUCGGCCAUUGAAAAGGCUGGCACACAGGAGGUGGCGUUUGAUUUGUCGCCAAUGCAGCAGAUGCUUUUCGAAACAGCAAAAGAAUACAAUCGCUGCUACGAGAGUGUUGUACUUCACCUUGGCAAGAAGAUAUCCUCCGACGAGAUUAAGAACGCCCUGAAGGUAAUCAUUGGGAAUCAUCCGAUGCUCCAUGCUAGGUUCAAUCAAACCAGCAAGGGGAAAUGGAGCCAGAGUAUCUCCGAAAUUCUCGAAUGGGACUCGGUGUAUCAAUCGCACGUUCUCCCAUUCCUCGACCCAACUGGUUUUGUCUCUAUUCGUCAAAAAGACAUUGAUGUUCGGAAAGGCCACGUCUUCCUCUGUGACCGAAUCGAAAUUGAGGCAGACGGACAAAGCUUCCUUUGCUUGAUCGCCCACCAAUCGAUAAUUGACAUCUUCUCCUGGAGAAUCAUUCUUAUGGACCUCGAAGCACUAUUAGCAAACAGCUCUCCACUGCUAUCAACAUCAGGGUUUAAAACUUGGUGUCAGCUCCAAUCCAAGCAUGCAGUUGCGGCAACUGCCCUGACAGUUGACAGAGAGUUUGAUGUCCAGGCCGGUACCAUCGAAUACGAGUUCAGUCUCUCAGAGCAAGUCACCCAGGCCCUGCGAGGCCCAGCAAACGAUACUUUCAAUACCAAACCAAUAGAGCUACUGAAUGCAACGCUCCUACAGUCUUUUACUCAGACCUUUGCAGGUUGCCCAACACCCACUAUCUUCAAUCAAGAAGACGGUCGGUAUUCCAACCCUGACCUAGCACGGACCGUGGGAUCCUUCUUAACACUGUCUCCAAUUGAUGUCUCUGUCACCCAGACAGAUGACAUAUACAACAUCAUACGGAAGACUAAGGACGAAAGGCGGAGCCAAUAUAAUCAUCCAAUUUCAACUGCUGGUUCUCCGAAAGUCGUGUUGAACUAUCGUGAACUUGACUUUCAGCCACAACUCACAUCUUUCUUGCAGCCCAUAUGCGUUUCCAAGAACUCGGUUCAUCUCGCCCACAUUGAGAUCACAGCUGAGGUGCGAAACUCGCACAUGGUGAUCAAAUUUGCUGUCAAUCGGAUGAACCGUCAGCAAAAUAUGAAAUUAUGGAUGGAACGAUUUCAACAAGGUCUGGAAUUGGCAUCAUCUGUUUUACCAACCAUGGAGACAACAUGGACCCUCUCUGACUUUCCUUUGCUGUCAUAUACCUAUCCCCAGCUGGAAAGUUUCAUCCAAGAUGUCAUCCUGCCGCUAAAGAAAGAUCACCUUCACAUCGAGGACGCCUAUCCAUGCACACCUAUCCAGCAAGGUAUCCUGUUAAGUCAGGGGCGGAACUUUCUCCACUAUCGCAACAGAUGGUCGUGGGUACUGCACACACGUAACGGUUCACCAGUGGAUCCAGAGCGAUUGAGGCGAGCAUGGCAGCAAGUGGUUCAAAGACACCCGCUUCUGCGAACGGUCUUUUUUGACAGUGCCCACCAGGAUGGGUCACAGAAUCAGGCCGUCCUGAAGGAGAUUCCAUCUGAAGAAGUGUGUGUCAUCCUACCUCCUUCUGAUAAUCCGCUCAAGAAACUCGAGGAUUAUGAGCUCCCUGCGAUAAUGCCAUUAAGACCGCCGACCCGUCUUAUUAUUUGCGGCUCUCCCUCAGGGGAGGCGGCCUGUUUGCUAGAUAUUAGCCAUGCUGUUGUAGAUGGCAUGUCUCGUCAGAUCUUUUGGAGCGACUUGUGCCAGGCGUACGAGGAUAAGAUUACCUCAACUUCCCCAGCAACCUAUAGGGAAUAUUUCGAGUAUCUUGCGAUUCAGCCACUGGAUGAUGCUCGUAGUUACUGGGAAGAAUAUCUACGCGACGUGCAGCCGUGCAUUUUCCCUGGAUCGUCCAAGCCAGACGAUGCAGUUGUUCAUUCUCGUGUCGACAUUACGCUGCCGUUUGAUAAAGCGCUUCGUCAAUUUUGUCUUGACUAUGAUGUGACUUUGGCCAUGACAUUUCAGUUAGCCUGGGGGCUUGUACUACGAACAUAUCUCAAUGCGGACAGCGCGUGUUUCGGUUAUGUCACCUCUGGACGGGAUGUACCAAUCCCAAACGUUGAUAUCACUGUAGGCCCGUUCAUCAACAUGCUGAUCUGCAAUAUGUCUCUACAGGACACGGAGAAAGUCCUUGGUUUGCUCGAGCGGAACCAAGCAGACUUUGUGCAAAGCUUGACGCAUCAGGCUCUGGCGCUUGGAGAAAAGACGCGUUGCUCAAAAGUAUUUGAUACCGCGCUGUUCAAUACGGUCAUGUCUGUGCAGAGGGAAGAGGAUGAGCCUUCGGACGAAUUGACGCUUACGUUCAAUGAUUUCAAGACAGAGGGGGGUACUGAGUACGAUCUCGGUGUCAACAUUGAGGUAUCUGAAAAAUCCAUUGACGUUUCGCUGCUAUAUGCGACAUCUUUCCUUCCUGACAACCAGGCCGAAAAUGUGAUCGAUGCGUUCCAGCAGGCUUUAUUCGGCAUCAUGUCGGAUGCCACUGCAAGGGUUCGCGGGCUCAGCUUAUUUGGUUCCUUGAACAAAAGGAAUCUAGAAACCUACACCCCACAGACGCUCUCACCUGCUCAUCGGUGUGUCCACGAUCUCAUCCAGGACCAGUGCUUGGCCCGACCAUCCUCCCAGGCUGUCUGUGCCUGGGACGGCGACUUUACAUAUGCUGAAGUCGACCGUCUAGGCUCUGCAUUGGCAAGUCAACUUUCCCAGUAUAACAUUUGUCAGGAGAGCUUUGUUGCAAUUUAUUUCGAAAAGUCUCGCUGGGCAAUAAUCGCUAUGAUCGGUGUGAUGAAAGCCGGCGCUGCUUUUAUUAUGCUGGAUCCAUCAUAUCCGCUUGAGCGUCUGAAAGGGAUGAGUGAUGAUGCCCAAAUUUCUGUGAUCAUUUCAUCUGAAACACAAAAACGCACUGCAGCUUCACUUGCAAAGCAUGUGGUGACUAUCAGCGACCAUGAAGAAUGGUCUGUUACUACGUUCCAGUCUCCGCUGACAGUAGUGCCACGCAAUGCCUUCUGCGCUCUCUUCACAUCCGGCUCAACAGGCAAACCCAAGGGAGUAGUGAUAGAGCAUCAAGCCUUCUCAUCCGCUGCUCUUGCCCAGGGGCCAGCUCUCAAUCUCGAUUCCAAGUCCCGGGUGCUCCAGUUUGCCUCGUAUGCAUUCGAUGCCAGUGUGUAUGAAAACAUUACCACCCUCAUCCAUGGUGGCUGUGUUUGUAUUCCGUCUGAAAGCGAGCGCAGACAAGACCUCCCGCGAGCUGUCGCCAGUAUGGAAGUCAAUUGGGCUUUCCUUACCCCCUCUGUGGCAAGGAUUCUAGACCCGGCCGAUUUCCCGAGCCUGAAAACCAUGGUCUUAGCUGGGGAGCUUAUCUCUGCGAAGGAGCUCAGGGCCUGGCAGGAUAGUCUGGAUCUCCAUCUUGCGUAUGGUCCUGCUGAAUGCUCAAUCAUGUGUGUGGGGACGGAUCCUGUUUCUGAACCCACCAGUGGACGCAAUAUCGGGUUAGCUGUGGGCUGUAGAUCGUGGGUCGUCGACCCGAAUGACCAUGAGAAGUUGCUGCCUCUUGGAGCCGUGGGCGAACUGUUGAUCGAGGGACCAGGCGUUGGUCGCGGCUAUAUUAAUCAGGUCGAGAAGACCGCCGCUUCAUUUAUAUCAUCACCAUCUUGGCUUCGAGAGCUUGUCAGCGGCCAACAGUUCUCUAUUUACAAAACAGGAGACCUAGUCAGGUACAACGAGAAUGGUUCUUUGCACUAUGUGUCCCGCAAGGACACCCAGGUGAAGAUUCGUGGUCAGCGUGUCGAGCUCGGCGAGGUCGAGUUUCAUCUGCGUGAAUCUUUUCCCAACGUUCAGGAUGCCAUUGCGGAAGUUGUGAAGCCGUCUGGAGAAAGCAGACCAUCGACGCUCAUGGCCUUUAUUCUGCAAGAUCGUGGUGAAACCAUUUCCCCAGAUCUCAGUAUCUUUGGGAUCUCUGGCGGUAUCUUCAAGAAAGACAUCGCCACGGCUCUAUCCAGACUCGAUGAAGUUCUACCCACGUACAUGGUGCCCACAAUGUUCGUUCCUCUGGAUCACAUCCCCCUGACAAAGACUGGAAAGACAGACCGACGAGCUCUCAAGGAGGCAGCAGCAGCGCUUACAAGAGAGCAAAUUGACAGCUUCAGUUCUACGAGCUCGACCAAAAGGCUGCCCUCCACUGAAGCGGAAAUCGUACUUCAACGGUUGUUAGCCCAGGUUCUCAAUCUAGAAGUUUCGGAGAUAGGCAUAGAUGAUCAUUUCUUUCGCCUAGGAGGAGACUCAAUUAUCGCCAUGAAGCUUAUUCCCCUUGCUCGGGACGCUGGCUAUGCCCUCGAUAUGACCAAUAUCUUCAAUAAUCCCAAGUUGUGUGAUUUGGCUGCUGCGUCGGGGGCGGAUGCCACUCAAUUCAAGUCUGAUGUUCUGCCCUUUUCCUUGAUUGGUUGCAAUGACAUGAGCCCACAGACUAUAAUCCAGUUGGCCGCCGAGAGAUGCCAUAUUUCCACGGACGAUAUUGAGGAUAUUUACCCAUGCACACCCCUACAAGAGGGCUUGAUGACCUUGACAGCAAAGACACCUGGUCAAUACAUUGCGAGGUUCGACUACGACCUAGCCGCUAACAUUGACUUGGUCAGGUUCCAGUGUGCGUGGGACAAGAUAUUCAGAAGCAAUGCUAUCCUGCGCACUCGCAUCAUUCAAUUAGAUGCUUCAAAUAUGCUUCAAGUGGUGGUCCGCGACUCCAUCCGCUGGCAUGUAUUUGAGACUCAGGAAGAAUAUGAGCAAGUGAAAAUUCCCAUUAUGAACUUAGACGACGAAUUGGCUCACUUCGCCAUGGUCAAGGCCAGCGGCAGCUUUCACCUCACACUGCACCAUGCAUUGUAUGACGGCUGGUCACUGCCACUUCUGUGGAGCCAAGUCCAAGCAUCGUAUCGUAACGAUGAACCCCGGCAACCACGGCCUUUCAAGCACUUUAUUGAACACAUCCAGAACGUCCAGGGCACAGAGGCUUUCUGGCAGUCGCAAUUUACCGGCUUGAGUGCCCCUAUUUUCCCUGCCCUGCCAUUUCCUCGGCAUGUCCCUGCUCCAAACUCAUCUCUCGAGCAUCGCAUCUCCAACCCCGCCCGUGCCAACACAGAAUAUACCACGUCUACCUUGAUUCAAUUAGCCUGGGCGGUGAUAAUGUCUUGCUACACGGAGUCUGAGGAGGUUCUAUACGGACUGACUGUAAACGGACGCAGCGCGCCUGUCCCAGGAAUCGAGGAUAUCGCGGGCCCGACAUUCGCCACUGUCCCCAUGCGUCUUCAUGUCCGGCCCGGUGAUACAGUAGAUACAUUAUUGACAUCUCUGCAGCAAAGAAGUGCGUCCAUGAUUCCGUUUCAACAAAUUGGCCUGCAGUACAUUCGUCAGCUCGGCCCUGAACCGGCGACCGCAUGCAGUUUCCAAUGUCAACUUGUCAUCCAGUCUUCUGGUUCCAGCGAGCAAGACGGGUAUACCAUGGCGCAUGUGCGAAGCGAGCACGAGGACUAUUCUGCUUUUGCGAGUGUUGCAUUCUUUAUGGUCUGCCACCUUGCGAACAAUGGCGAUGUUGCUGUCAUCGUCAACUUUGACGAGAGAGUGGUCCAUCGAGUGGACGCGACUAGGAUGGUGCAGCAAUUCGAGCAUAUUCUCCGUCAAUUGUCCAAUGAUGUCUCGAAGGACCUUCAAAUAAGUGAUCUUGAUCUUGUCAGUCCUCAGGACCACCGGCAGAUGAUGGAGUGGAAUUCCGUUGUCCCGUUGUCUGUCGACUCUUGCGUGCACGAUCUUGUUCUUCAGCAGUGUGUUCAGCGUCCUGACGCUUCUGCGAUAUCUUCAUGGGACGGGGAGGUAACUUAUGAUUCGCUAAACGUACUAUCGGGCUUACUGGCACAGCAUCUUCAGGCCCUUGGUAUCCAGCCAGGCUCCCUGGUUCCGCUGUGCUUUGAGCGCUCCAAGUGGAGCAUCAUCACCAUGAUAUCAGUCCUCCGAAUCGGAGCCACUUGUGUCAACAUAGACCCAAGCCAUCCUAAGGGACGCAUUCAGGAGAUUUUACAACGCACAGCCGCCAGAUCCGUCAUUGUCUCAGCUGCGAACCAAAACCUGAUGGCUGAAGCAGACGUAUCAGUGAUCACCGUUCCUAUCUUCAAUGCAACAGAUAGGGCAGAGAGAUUCAUAGCACCUCAAAUCAAGCCAACUGAUGCGGCUUUCGUCGCAUUUACUUCAGGAAGCACAGGAAAUCCAAAAGGUAUCGUGAUGGAGCACCGCAACAUCUGCACCAGUAUUCGACAUCACAGCCCUGGUCUUUAUGUCAACGAAAAUACUAGAGCUUUGCACUUUGCUUCCUAUGCAUUCGACAUCAGUCUCUGUGAGGUAUUCAGCGUCCUUGUCCAUGGUGGCUGUGUCUGCAUACCGUCCGAGUUCGAUCGCAUGAACAAUGUCAUCCCAUUCAUCAAGGAGCACAAUGUUAAUUGGACCUUCUGGACGCCUUCAUUCCUGGGUCUAAUCCAGCCAGAUGAUAUCCCUGGAGUAAAGACCGUGGUCCUUGGAGGAGAGCCAGUAACACAGGAUAACAUCCGCAUCUGGGCCUCCAGAGUCAAUUUGCUUAACGCAUACGCCCCGGCCGAAACAUCCAUCUGCAAUAUUUUGAGCCGUCUCCCCGCUGUCGGCUGGCGAGAAGGCACUAUUGGACGAAUAUUUGGCGCCGUAGCAUGGAUCACCAUGCCGUCCGAUCACAGCCGUCUAGCUCCCUUGGGUGCUGUUGGAGAGUUGGUGAUCGAAGGCCCAACAGUUACCCGUGGCUACCUCCGUGAUACCGGCAAAACUGCUGCGGCUUAUAUCGAAAAUAUGCCACCGUGGCUCAGCUCUUUCAGGUCCGGUAGCACUACGAGGCUAUAUCGGAGUGGAGAUCUCUUCCAGCUCAACCCCGACGGUAGCCUCCGCAUCAUCGGCCGCAGAGACACCCAGGUUAAACUACGCGGUCAGCGCAUUGAGCUUGGCGAGGUAGAGCAAAAUUUGCGAGAGCUGUUCCCUGAUGCCAGAGAAGUCGCCGCUGAAGUAGUUGCUCCAAGCGGUGGUUCUCCAACCUUAAUGGCAUUCAUCGCCUAUCCCAGUCCUGGUAGCGAGGCACUAUUCAUGUCUCCCAGUCCGGAUUUCCUCGCCAAGGCCGCAACAGUAACAAUCGAGCUGCGACAUCUCCUUCCAAAGUAUAUGGUUCCAGGUGUUAUCCUUCAAGUAUCGAAGAUCCCACAUAACUCCAAUGGCAAGGUCGACCGGCGAUUGCUGCGUGAGCAAGCGGCGGCCCUCUCUCGUGAACAAAUACAGACAUUCUCCAAGGUUCAGUCUGCAAAGCGUGUGCCAGCAACUCAACGAGAGACGCUGCUCCGAGUUCUCUGGGCAGACAUACUGCAAACCUCAGUGGAACAUAUUGGGGCAGAUGAUGACUUCUUCCAUCUGGGAGGAGACUCCUUCGCGGCUAUGAAGCUUUCAGCCAUUGCUCGUCAUCAGGGUCUACAUCUUCCGGUGCCAUUCAUUUUCAAUAACCCUGUUCUAUCGGACCUGGCCAAGCUCAUCAGCAAUGUAGAAGCCAAUGUUGCGUCUGAAUAUACCCCCGGGUCCCUGCUCGGGAUCACUGAUAUUGAAUCCUUUGUUGCCCAACUCCCACCCUACCCAUUCAAUAAGCAGGACGUGGUCGAUAUCGUCCCUACCACCGAGUUUCAAAGCCGCCUCAUGGUCGAAAAGGACAUCACCUACUCUCAACUCCGUCUACCAACUCAUAUCGACAUAGAGCGUCUAGAGGCUGCAUUCCAUGCUCUCGUCCGCAACCAUGCCAUCCUCCGAACUGUGUUCAUACCUUACCAAAAUACCCAUCUGCAAGUCGUGCUGCGCAACCUAGAGUUCAAACUCAUCAAAGUCGUCAGCGAAGAUCUCACAGCAUCCGCAAACAAGAUUAUCACAGAAGAUGAAUCCUCAAUCCCACCAGGCUCACCGCACUUCCAACCCUACCUCCUGUCCCAAACCCCCACCUCUCACCUCCUCAUCUUCCGGUUAACCCACGCCCAAUACGACGGCGCCUCAUUCCGCCUCCUAUCAGAAGAUCUAGCAUCCGCAUACAACAACAGCAACCAGUCUCUGAACUCUCACCUCCCCUUCCCAACAUACCUCCAAUUCCGCCACUCUCAAGUAACUCCGCGGGCGCUCUCCUUCUGGCGCAACACCCUCGAAAACUCCCAAAUGACCGACGUCCUAUGCCACUGCUCCCCCUCCCCACCGUCCGAGCCAGAAUCGAUGGUCAUGGAGCUUCGCUCCAUGACCCUCCCCGCACCACCACCGGGAAUCACCCUUGCCUCUCUCCUGAAGGCAGCCUGGGCACUGGCUCUAGCCCGCACAACCAACACUCGCGAUAUUGUGUUCGGCCAGGUAACCAGUGGGCGGGACGCGCCGCUAAAGGAUAUCGACACUGUCUCCGGGCCAUGCAUCACUUUCUCCCCAUUCAGGGUAAUAAUCGCCCCCGACGCCACCGCCCUAGACCUAUUAUCCCAUGUCCAAACCCAACACAUCCAAGCCCUCCCGUACUCCAACCUCGACCUCCGAGAGAUCGUCUCCCGGGCAUCGCCCUGGCCCGUGGGAACAGAAUUCGGCUGUGCGUUCACACACCAAAAUGCGGGGCUGGGUUUUCCCUGUCCGAUUGCUGGUGUCGAAUCGAAGUGGGUACUGGAUGUGCGGACGCCGGAGCAUUUGCAUAUUGUGACGUUUCCGGAAAGGGGGAAGCUGAAAGCUAUGCUUGGGGGAUCGAGUAGGAGGAUUCGGGGGGUGGAGGCAUGGGGUUUGAUGGAAAGCACCAAUCUCGAUAACAUUCAUGGAGAGGUGUCGUCCGAUCUGCAUGAAGAAGUACCCGUUCACGCCAAAGCUCUCCACCUCGGUGGUGAGCUGCUCGCGUGCUUCUUUACCGGACAAGCUGAUUACAAAACGUCGCAAUGCAGGUGGGGCGGAAUCAUGUACCCGGGGUCUGACCGGGCCGGACGGACAUUAGCCUACAAUACUGUUGGUGUGCUCAUUUUCUACACGUGCAUUGGCCUGACUGUCGGACCCAGAUACCCCACAGAGGCCAAUUUUGAUUAUUAUCAGAUCUCAUUAUUUCGGGGCACUGCGCAUGUGAAAGGGAAAGCUUCCGGUACGCUUAUUGCAAGCGACCUAGAGUUGAGUUUUUGGGGUGGUGUCAACCCACAGACAGGCGAGGUCAUCGAUCGUCAUCAUCCACUAAGCGGACAAUAUCUUGGAGACACUAUCCUUGCCAUUCCCGGUGGCCGCGGUUCCUGCUCUGGCAGUGGUGUCAUUCUGGAGCUUCUCUUGAACAAGAAAGGACCAAGCGCACUUUUGUUUGAACGACGGGAAGAUAUUCUCACACUUGGAGUCAUGAUUUGUGAGGAGGUGUUCGGCAGAUCUGUCCCAGUGGUUACCUUGGAUCCCAAAGACUUUCGCAGAGUUUUGAGCCUGAGUGGAAAGUACAUCCAUGUCAAUGGCGAUCAUAUCUAUGAAGCCGAAAUACCGGGCCAAUAUUCACUAGGCGAUAUUAGCCAUCCACUAGCUUCCUUUCCGAGUAAUAUCGAUCUCUCAGAUAUGGACAAGGCAUUCCUCGAAGGAAAGUAUGGCGAAGCUGCUCGAGUCUCAAUUCGAAUCGUUCUGCGGAUGGCACGUUUGCUAGGGGCCCGUGAAUUGAUAAAUAUCACACAGGUCCACGUAGAUGCUUGCGUCUACACUGGACCGGGAUCGCUUCUCUUUGCAGAACGGCUCCGUGAAUUGGGAGGGAAGGUCAAGGUUCCGACAUCUUUGAACUCCAUCUCAAUUGACCAAGAGCAUUGGCGCACUCAGGGGGUGGAUGAGGAAUUUGGAGAAGCUGCAGCUAAAUUAGCGAAGGCUUACACCGACAUGGGGGCGCGACCCACCUUCACUUGUGCCCCGUAUCAACUCGGCACUGCGCCAAAGUAUGGUGAACAGGUGGCAUGGGCCGAGUCAAAUGCCGUUGUGUACGCUAAUAGCGUGCUGGGAGCGAGAACCAUGAAAUACCCCGAUUUCCUGGACAUAUCAAUUGCACUGACUGGUCGUGCACCGAAGGGAGGACCCCAUAUGAACAUCAACAGACUGGCCUCGCUCGUUGUGAGUGUCUCGGGUAUUCAAAAUACCAAGUGUGUGGACGAUUCAUUUUAUCCUCUUCUAGGCUACUGUGUCGGAGGGCUCGCUUUAAGCAAGAUUCCGGUGAUAGUUGGCAUAGAGACACUGGUGCCAUCAAAGGAAGACCUGAAAGCUUUUGGGGCGGCAUUUGCCACAUUGUCUAGUGCACCGAUGUUUCAUAUUGUCGGUGUCACUCCAGAAGCAACUGUUUUGGAGGAUACUCUCGACAACAGAUCGGAAAUAAGACUCGUCAGCAUCGGGCCAGCGGAACUAGUUGAGUGUUGGAACAAACUGAACAGUGCCUCUACAUACCAGUCGGUUGACCUGGUCUCACUCGGAAACCCGCACUUCUCUUUUAAGGAAAUAAGAAUGCUUGCAAGACUCUGCAGAGGACGUGCGAAAUUGGAGAAUGUCGCAGUUGUGGUGACAUGUGGACGCUCGUGUUAUGGGUUAGCUUGCCAGGCUGGGCUGAUUAGAGAGCUAGAGGAGUUUGGUGUCCAAUUCAUCACUGAUACCUGCUGGUGCAUGAUCAAGGAGCCAACGAUCCCGACUUCGCCGAAUGCGAUAAUGACAAAUUCUGGAAAGUAUGCACAUUAUGGGCCUGGCCUCACAGGCAAGAAAUUCUUCUUUGGAAGCCUCGCCAGAUGUGUUGAUGCAGCGUGUCAAGGCGAUGUCGCAGAAUGGAAACCACAAUGGAUGUUAGAUCAAACUUUAUCAGCAUCUGAAUGA